CAAGUUGAGGAUUUGGGUAAGAGAGGUACUGCUAGCUUGUCGCUACAACGUAGAACGUCCUCUACUUCUACGUGCGGCACAUGUUCAGGCGUAGUGGAGGGUGAAGGAAAAGAACGAAGGAGUCAUAGCAGGGAUACCAAGAAGAACUCUCCCAGAACUCCAUCAACAAGCACAACAAGUAGACCGGCCAGAACAAGUACAACAACUACUGCUAGACCACUAUUUUUCGAAGCACAACCAGGAUCAGGGCCACCAGUAUCUAGUACUUCCGUCUUGCACCUGCCGGAAAUGAAGUUUCUGUCAUUGACAGGCCAAACUUUUGCAGAUGUGAGCGAAAGGAGUAAACUAGGGAUCUUAGAUUCCUUCCGCGUCUGGCAGUCCUGGCGUCGCACGGUUCCACACGUCUUCAGUUAAGGCGAGUAGUAUGUCACUUUCACUAUCUGGAUCUGAUGUGGGUGUGUGUGUGAUGUGUUGUGUGUGUCUGUGUGUGUGUGUGUCUUUGACGAAGACGAGGCUCCUGAGUCGUGUAGAAGUGUUGGGCCUGAGUGGAUUUCAUUCCCUCUCGAUUUAUUAGAUUUUUUAGAAGGGUAUAAACCAUAACCGUAACUUCUACGGGGAAACAGAUGAGAGCAGGGCAACUCUUCACUGAAACACUCACUGUCACCAGCGACUUGAGGGGGUGUUCUUCUCAAGGCAAAAUUAUACACGGGGAGCUACAUGUUUUUUGCCACCACUCACUCAAUCACUACGGAUAGUGACUUUGACUACACUAGCGUUAAUCCAGAGAAAGACAUGUCUUAGACUUGUCCUUUUCUACGCCAGAGCAUUUGAUCGUCUAUGCAGUAGAAAAAC